AUGAAGUUUUUCACAGCUGAUUUAAGUGAAAUAUUACUCGCUGAACGCCGUGACGAAGGAGAAGCUGAUUAUUUAGCGAGAGAACUAUCACACAUUGUCAAACAUUUAUUAGGAACUCGGUUCUGGAUUUCAUAUUGGGAUUAUUAUCCGUUCCUAGCAAGCACUUUAUAUUACGCUGUCACGCUCUUAUCAGCAGUGCAAACAGUUGGGGAAGAGUACACCGCUAUUCUACCAUUGGUAUCAGUUCGACAACGCGAAGUACCGCAUUUCACACGUCGCUUAAUUUUUGUCAUCUUCUUUACUGUGGCGCCAUUCCUGACUGAAAAAAUCCUUGAAAGUAUUAAAAAGAAUUUGGAAAAUUCACUAAUUGCUAACGAAAUACUUUUCUUUGAUAGGAAACAAAGAAAUCUUCGUAAAACUCUGCUCAGUCUUGUUGUCUCGCUCAGGCAUAGUGGUAUUCCAGUACUAUAUCGCUUGAAUUUAGCUUUAUUUUAUUUAUUUGGAACCUACUAUUAUAUUUCAAAGCGUCUGGUCGGUUUGCAAUACGUUUCAUUUCGGUCUCAGUGCAAUUAUCAGGCUUUAUCUUAUUUCCGUUUCUUUGGAGCAGUAAACAUUGCACAAAUUGUUUUAAGUGCAGCAAUUUGGAUUAGAGACGAACUGAGAAGACAGCGCAGUGAGGAAACAAUUGUUGAAUUCAAGCAAUUAUCUAAAUCCGAAAUAUCGGAAGAGGAGAACGAUCCGCUUCUAUACAAUUCAUUCCGGUGUUCACUUUGUUGGCAGUACAACAAACCACCAAUUUGUAUUCCCUGUGGACAUUUAUUCUGUUGGAGUUGCAUUUCAAAGCACAUACAGUUUACUGUCACUAACAGUUCUGUAGCACUUUGUCCACAGUGUCGAAAAGAAUUCCAUCAAAGUCGAGUGGUAUUAAUUAUGAAUGUUUCUGCUGUGACUGUGAAAAAAUUAUUAUACAAAAAUGCGAAAUGGGUAUUCGAAAAACGAAUUUUUCGAUCUGCAUCGUCAGUUAAAACAAAUUCGGAAAAUAAACAUUUUCCAGUAAUUUACGUCUCUGGUAUCCAACCAACUGGAGUUCCACAUCUGGGUAAUUAUUUUGGCUUCAUCCAGCACUGGAUCAAUUUACAAAAUGAUGGCCGCUCAAAACAAAUGUAUCUUUCUAUUGCUGAUUACCAUUCUAUUUCAAUGGGUUUCAUUGAUCCUCUGGAAAUGAGAAAUAACAUUUUAAAAAUGGCCGUGAGUCUGUUAGCUUGUGGACUGGAUCCGGAAAAGACGAUUUUGUUCCAGCAGAGCAGAGUGGCCGGUCAUGCUAACUUGAUGUAUAUACUGGGAAGCUUACAGACUGUUGCUAGACUUACUCGAAUGCCACAAUAUAAAGAUAAAGCUGCUGUAUUUAAACAGGGUGAUAUUCCUGUGAAUCUGCAAUUAUAUCCUAUUCUGCAAGCAGCUGAUGUAUUACUGUAUAAAGGAACUCAUGUACCUGUUGGCGACGACCAGACUCAGCACUUGCUUUUGAUGAGAGAUUUGGCUGUUAAAUGCAAUGCCGUUCUUCAUUGUGAUUUUUUUCCAGUACCAAUUCAGAUAAGUGCUAAAUGUAUCCGUUUGAAAAGCUUGCAAAAUGCGACGAAAAAGAUGAGUAAAUCAAUUGGUAACGAUAGAUCGCGUAUUUUAAUCAGUGACACAAAACAAAUAAUUGCUGAAAAAUGUGCAAAAGCCUUGAGUGACUCGCAAUCCAACAUUACUUAUGAACCAGAAAAACGCCCUGCAAUCAGUAAUCUAGUAACUCUUUAUUCCUUAACGACUGGUUUGAGUAUCGAAAAUGUAAUCGAUGAAUGUGUCAGUUUGGAUACGAAAGAAUUCAAAUCAUGUUUGGCUGAAAAAAUUGACACUCACAUUGCACCAUUUCGAGAAAAAUAUGAAAGCCUACUCCGAGAGCCGCAACUAAUUCGAGAUAUUCUAAUGUCUGGAACUCAGAGAGCUGAAGAAAAGGCUCAAGAAACAAUGGCAGAAUUGAGCGAAUUGCUGGGUUUAACUUCUCCCGCCAAGUGCUAUCACCAUUAUAAUAGAAGUUUGAGUGUAUAA